GAUUAUUACCAACUCCAAAACCAAACCCUUUCAUAUUUAUUAAGACAUAUUGUCUUCUUCUUCUUUCUCUUUCCAUCUCUCACCAAAUAAAACAAAAUUCACAACUCAAUGCUGCUAAGAGCCACCAUUUCCAACACCAAAAAAUUCUUCAGAAAAACCUUAUGGAACUUCAAGUCUUUCUUCUCCAAUACCUACCAUAGGCUCCCCAAGGUGCCGCCGCCCUUCCCCGCUGUCUCCGAAAUGGACAAAGAGUCCACCUUUCAUUUCAUUUCAUCCCAAGAGGAGGUGCAAAAUGGAAGCAUUAUGAAGAAUAACAAUCCCAAUGCUGAAGUUCGUUUGUCAACAUGCACGAUGGGCGACAGCCAGAAGGAAAGAGUUGAGAAAAGUGAGGAUAGAAUGAAAACUGGAGCUACCCAUCAAAGGAAAAUGGAAGAAAAUUUGGAAUAUUGUAGUUGGAAGAGAAGAAUGUGUUUGGUUGCCAAGAACAUGAAAGAGUUGGAAAAGUUAGACGCUAGAAAUGUGGAUCAUGCUUUGGAUAUUGAAGAGAUUCUUCAUUAUUAUUCUCGUCUUACUUCUCCAACAUUUCUUGAGAUUGUGGAUAAAUUCUUCGUCGACAUAUUUACCGAAUUUUCUGCUAUUUCUUCCUCUCAACCAACUCAAUUGACCUGAAUUCACUGAGAAGAUUCAAUCUCUGACUUCAAAAUCUACAGUUUAUGUAUACAAGCUUCAGUUAUUCUGAUUUGAUGUGCCACCUAUGAAUUUUGAUUGUGUGUGUUAUUAUGAUUCAUAAAGUUUUUAGUUUAAUUUGAAUGGUUAUGAAUGAAUAAUACAUUAUUGAAUCAUUUUUGUUACUGUGGUUUUAUUUUAAA